AACUUGUAUUUUAAAAAGAAUGCAUAUUUUAUAGUUUAUCCAAACCUAGGAUACUAUGAACCGUUUACUACUAUUAUUAUUCUUCGUUAAUUUUAUAAAUAAUAGUAUAUCAUGGGAGACUUUUAUGAGGGGUCGAAGCAAAUAUGGUAAUCUAGGUGCUCCAAUUUUAUCUGAAGAUCAUGAACUUCCAAGUGCUGAAUGGUUUACACAGUUUCUAGAUCACUUUGAUCCAACUGAUGCGCGUGUUUGGCAACAGAGAUAUUUCGUAAACGUUAGGUUGGGGUUAGGUUGGAGAGCACUAUAAGAAAGGUGGUCCAGUAUUUUUGAUGAUAAGUGGUGAAGCUGCAGCAAAUGCUAAAUGGAUGGCAGAAGGUCAAUGGAUCGAAUAUGCUAAGCAAUUUGGGGCGCUAUGUUUUCAAGUGGAACACCGCUUUUAUGGACAAAGUCAUCCUACUUCGGAUCUCGGCGUGAAAAAUUUAAUGUAUCUUUCAUCGCAACAGGCACUUGCAGAUUUGGCUUACUUUAUAGAAUUCAUGAAUAUUAAUUACAAGUUACCAGCUGGUACUAAAUGGAUUGCAUUUGGAGGAUCAUAUGCUGGAUCAUUAGCUGCUUGGUUGCGUAAUAAAUAUCCUCAUUUAGUACACGGGGCUGUUUCUGCUAGUGGUCCUUUAUUAGCAGAAAUUGAUUUUCAGGAAUACUUUGUUGUUGUUGAAAAUGCCCUCAAAGAAUAUUCUGAAGCAUGUGUAAAUGCAAUACUAGAAGCAAACAAACAAUUUCAUAUAAUGUUACAUCGUCCUAUCGGUCAACAAGGAAUAGCUAAAAAAUUUAUUUUAUGUGAUCCAAUCAACGAACAUACCAAACGUAAUGAUAUUUCGAAUUUGUAUGAAACAAUAGCAAGCAUCUUUGCUGGUAUUGUACAGUACAAUAAAGACAAUCGUAAUAAUUCCGCAAUAGCUAAUUUAACUAUCGAUAGUGCCUGCGACAUAUUAACGAACGAAACAUUGGGUAUUGCUAUUGACAGACUUGCAAUUUUGAGCACUAAAAUAUUACAAGCAUCAGAAAAAAAGUGUUUGGAUUAUAUGUAUAAUAAAAUGAUUCAUAAACUUCGGAACAUAACAUGGGCUAGCGAAGAAGCAGAAGGGGGACGUCAAUGGACGUACCAAACGUGUACAGAAUUUGGAUUCUUUCAAACUUCGACAGCACGCCCAAAAUUAUUUAGUGAAACUUUCCCAGUAGAUUUCUUUGUACAACAAUGCAUUGAUAUAUUUGGCCCAAGGUACAAUAUUCAUUUGCUGAAUUCGGCAGUGAAUAGAACAAAUAUUCUGUAUGGAGGAUUAGAUUUAAAGACUACAAAUGUAGUAUUUGUACAUGGAUCAAUUGAUCCUUGGCAUGUUUUGGGAAUUACAAAAUCAGCAAAUCCGCAAAUACCUGUCAUUUAUAUUGAUGGUACUGCUCAUUGUGCCAACAUGUAUCCUCCUUCCAAAAAUGAUCCACUUCAGUUGAAAGCUGCCAGAGUUGAGGUUGGACAUUUAAUAGAUGAAUGGCUGCAUAAUUAAAUAUGAUAUUUUUAACGCUGUGUGUGCUACAUUUAACUACUUUAUGAUAAGUAGUUUUUUAUUUUUUUAAACAAAAAUGAUGUAUUAAAAGAAUUAAAUUUAUCUUAUUAACUUUUUGAACAA